AUGCUCGGACCUCACGGUAGGCCCUCUACCCCGACGCCAGCUAUAACGGUAGCGACAUCAAACCGCUCGCGAAGUACCCUUGGGGUACCAUCACCGCCACCAGCAUAUGCUCCCGGUGCACACAAUACACGUCCCAACCCUCCCCCUCAAGAAUUCCAACCUUUCGAAAUCCAAGACCCACCUUACCACCCCUUAAAAAUAAAAAGGACAUACAUAACUUUCACGCGGCGUGAUAUUCGUAUCCUCACUAUUUUAACGGCUGUUCAAUACAUCUUUAAAUCAUGGUGGAUAGUAUCUGUUCUCAUUGCGCUAUUUGGUCCGUCACGACAACAAGACUACCCUUUGGAUGGAAGCGAUAUACAGAGAAAGAAACCACACUCGCAGAUCGUGAGGGCUGUGAUGAAUCCUGAUGUUGAUACGGGAUAUAGAAACGGAAGAGCGGCUUGGGGGAUUGGGGAUGGAUAUUACUUGAAUAGAACCGGGAUGAAAAUUCGAAACAUUCCACUAGAGGCCGCGAAUACUGUAGGAGAUACCAACAAUAUCACAUUCAAGUUGGCGAUUGCGGCUAUCGUGGUUACGUUUGUCACUUCGCUUGUUAAGCUUUCUCUUUUGCAGAGAAUGAAGGUAAAGGGGAAGUAUAUUACCUUAGUCGAUACGGGGGCAAGGACGGGUAUUCCGGGAGAUGGAGGUCUUGGGAGAGAUGAUAAUGCUCCGGGAAGGAGGGAAGCGGCGCAGAAGGAGAGAUACGUAUUGGGGGCUUGGUGGGAGGGGUAUAUUUUUACGGGCCAUUGGGUAACCUUUAUCGAUGAGGUUUUGGGGUUGAUAUUGACAGUUUGCCUGAUGCAGGGGAAUGAUAAGUCAUCUAUGGUUGCAGGGGUGGCGAGGACUAAUAUGCGGGGUAAUUAG